AUUUCACAUAUCACUUCCUCAUCCUCAUCUACCUUAGAAUGUGUGUUGUCAGUACUGCUGGACGUCGGCAUCAGCCAUCUACAUACACACAGCACACAGCACUCUAAAGUUCAAGAGAGCUGCCACAUGGCUUCCUGUGACAGUAGAGAGCUCUGCACAGGUGGAAAAGAGGAGGAGCUAUGUGCUGGUUACCUGUACAAGUCUCCACCCGCAAAACAUUUCAAGUCCCAGAAAUCAUGGAAGCGACGGUUUUUCCUUCUCCUGAAGACCAGUGAAGCUGCAUGCUGCCUACGAUAUUAUGCAAGUGGAGAAAUGAAGAAACACGAACUGCUGGGAACCAUAGACCUGUCCCAGGUCUCCCUUAUGUGUCUGUGCCCUGAAACACACUCCAUGUGGAAAUGGGUUCAUACAAACUUCCGAUGCUCCGCGUCCUGUGUGCUUUUUAUGAAAGUGGUGGACAGAGACUAUUUUCUCAUUGCAGAAAGCAGCUGUGACAUAGACAGGUGGUUCAGUGCUUUAUUUGAUGCUCUGAAUAAUCGCCCACACAGACUACAUGACCCUAAGGAAUUUGGAAGAAUUAGAGACAUAGGUAUUCCUUCAUGUUCAUCAAACACAAACCAGCACAUAGAGAGUGAUCAUAAAGAGGAUGGCAAGGCAGAAGAUGAAGAAGACACAAAGCAAAGGUUCAACAGUGGGAUUUGA